CCCUUGCAUGAGGGCCGACGAGCAGCCCUCGUUUGGCGACCAGCUCUUGCCUAUCCCGCUUUGUCACUGUAUUCUUAGGAGGGGUCUAGAGGCCCAGAACACUUUCUUAGACUCUAGACGUGACCAUGGCCACCAUGCUCAGUGCCCGCACUUCUGCGUUCUCCGGCGCCACUCUGGGCCGCUCGGUCGCGCCCCGUGCGCCUAUUUCCUCUCGCACCACGGUCUGCGCCCCCGUGGCCGCUUAUGGCGACCUGCCCAAGAUUGGUGGUGGCCGCAAGUGGGAGCACCUUGAGCUGGGCCCCGGUGGCAAGGCGCUGCGCGUGCCUAUGCACGUGAAGAAGGGUGAUACCGUUCAGAUUAUUGCCGGCAAGGACAAGGGCAAGGUGGGCACCAUUAUCAAGGUGCUCGCCAAGAAGGGCAAGGUGGUGGUGGAGGGUGUCAACCAGGGCCAGAAGCACCUGAAGCCCAAGAUGGAGAACGAGACUGGGCAAAUCAAGACUCUGGAGUUCCCUAUUCACCACAGCAACGUGAUGCUCUACUCGAAGGAGAAGGGUGUCCGCAGCCGGGUUGGCCACAAGGUCCUGGAGACUGGCAAGAAGGUCCGCUACCUGGUCAAGACCGGCGAGAUUAUCGAUUAAGCAGCCAUAAGCUGGCGGCUUUACCCAGCGGCGGUGGAGGCUUGGGCGUCGCUCGUGGUGCGCAGCCGACCUUGCAAUGGACCUGAUUUUUGAGCUGCGGAGCGCCUCGCCGAGCUGGAUUUUGAGCAGCAUGUUGAGAGGCGCAUUUGGGGCAGUUUUCCAGGGUCGCCCAGUAUGAGCCUCGGAGCGUCUGCAUUCGCUUGGGCGGAGCUACCGCGUCGGAGGGCGCUGCUCGCUGGAGCGCAUGGACGAAACGCUGGAGGAGCAGUGCGCGGUGCUGGCGUUUGCGGAUUUGUGAGCGUGGACUUGGAUGUCGGCGCGGGCAGAGGGCGGGGGGGUUGCGGGGCGUGUCCGGGUUCGCCCCCCGCACCCCGCCUUGCCAUGCGGUCGAACUGCCCUGACGCAGUGCGGUAUGGGCGUGUGAUGGGCUUUAGGUCUUAGCAUGAGUAGAUAGACAGACACGGAGGAAGCCGCUUGGCGGCAGUUGCAUGGACAUCAGACGUGAAUCAGAAUGGUGCCGCGUGCCGCACCUGCAAGAACCGUGUAACCCGGGGCGCGGAUGGACCAUGACGUCUCUUCUGUCAGGAUUUAAGGUUCGGGAGGUUGUAUACUUCGCACGCAGAUUGCAUGCUGUUUUGGGUUUUAUUGAGGGGGUGACGCAGCGUAGGCAACAGGGGCACAGCCGCAGUGUGUGGUGAGACAUGCACAGACGUUCAGGAAUGGCAACGUAAGGCGCGGAAUCGGGUGCAGACAGAAUCGGGGAUACCUUUCGCAGCCAGCUGAGCGCACAAACAGCACUUUGUGUGCGGGGGAGAUAGUUCAGUAACA